AUGUGCAGAUACUUCACGGGAGGAUCCUGCUACAGCUAUUUCUGUGAUAAAUCGCACAAUCUGCUGGAAUCCAAAAUAAUGCUCAAAUGCCGUUGGAUGAGCCAAAUGACCAUCGAGAACUUCCAGAUGCUCUGCGAUCUGAAACACGAUGAGAGGCACCAGGUACCUCGACGGGUGGCUAAUAAUGAGGCCAGGGAGGCUCGACACAAGACAAGAGACAUAGGGGGAAGAAGGCCAAGAAAAAGAGAUGAUUCUCAGGACUCAGACGGCAGUAGCAUGGAAAGAAAAAAUGAAGUGUCGACAGAGAAAACACCAGAAAUUUGCCUCACUUAUAUUUGGAAGUUUUGCAAGCUGGGAGAUACGUGCCCCAAUAUGCACUACUACUUACCAUACCGCUGGCAAGAGUUUAAUGGAAGUGAAUGGGCCGACUUUCAAAAUAUGGAGGACAUUGAAAUGGCUUAUAGUGAUCCUAACAAUGCCAGCUACAGAUCAGUUGAUUUCCAGACCAUGAAAGCUGGUGAUAAGCAGGUCCGCAGACUCUCCACCCCGUCAUCGGUCAAUCAACCGGAGGAAUAUGUUCUGACCACUGAGUGGAUUUGGUACUGGAAGGAUGAGUUUGGCACCUGGACCAAGUGUGAGCAUUCUAACACAAAGAACGCGAGUUCCUCCAUUUGUUCAUCAGACUUGGAAACCAUUUACUUCCAUAACCCCGGUGGGACCAUCCCGUUCACUGCUGGAAAGCGGAACUACAUCAUCAACUGCCAAGAAAUGAGGCAGAGGAAGACGGAGGAGGAGGUGCGACGCAGACCUAUUUUCCAGAAUUUUAGAAAAGUGAAGAUGUUGAAAGGAAGCAUCAAAGCUGCUGCAGGCCGUUCAAAACAAAAGCCAUCAAAUCCCCUUCUCAGGACUUCAAACUACCCAGCGGAAUGGGACAUGAACGCCAUGCCAGACAUUGGUUAUAAGACAGUUCUUGUAGACAAUACUUGUGCAGAGUUCUCAAACAUCGUCAAAAUGUUUAGUAAGACAGUCUCCGGUCAAACAGUGAAGAAACUAUGGCGUAUUCAGAACCCCACCCUCUGGCAGGUCUAUCAGUGGCAGAAGGAUCAGAUGAAGGAGAAAAAUUCUGGUAUUGCUGUGGAUGAGCGCCAGCUGUUUCAUGCCACGGAAAGCGCUAAUAUUGACGCCAUCUGCAGAGACAACUUUGACUGGCGUAUCUGCGGCAUGAACGGUGAUCUAUACGGACAAGGAAGUUAUUACGCCAGGGACGCGUCCUACUCCCACAACUACUCCCCGCCCACCUCUAAGGGGAGGCGCACCAUGUUUGUGGCUCGUGUGCUGGUCGGUGACUUUGUCGUAGGGGAUUCCAAAAUGCAACGCCCGCCUCAGAAAUCCAACGACACCAAGAGUUAUGACUCCUGUGUGAACAACAUCCGCAACCCGUCAGUCUUUGUGGUGUUUGAGAAAAACCAGAUCUACCCGGAGUACAUCCUGGAAUACAAGGAAAAGAGGACAUCUUUCUGUAUUAUUCUGUAA